AUGUUGAGGUCUAUAAGCAGGGCCUCUGUGCCUUCAAGGCGUUUAUACUCUACAUUACAAUCUCCGACACCCCCCACUUCUCCGGUUCAUCCGCCCAACCCAAACAAGCGCGGCCUACAAGACCUGACGAUUUCAGAUCUCUGUUAUUACUGGGACACCAAACCACCUACCUCAGAGCAGCUUGCUUUCGCAGACAAACUAUUUAUACCUUCGCGCCAUUCCCCAUUGAAACUAUGGUCUGCGAGCAAGUUCCGCACAACUCCCAUAUCGUCCAUCGAGCCUGAAGUUGCAUUUCUCGGUCGUUCCAACGUCGGCAAGAGCUCGCUGCUGAAUGCCAUAAUGGGCCAAGAGAUUUGUUGGACAUCCUCUAAACCAGGCCGGACAAGAGAAAUGAAUGCAUUUGGGAUUGGAGGGACCAAGGGUGGCGAACAUAAAGUGGUACUUUUGGAUAUGCCAGGAUACGGAAAGGCUAGUCGAGCAGAAUGGGGAAUGGAGAUUAUGAAAUAUCUCCAAGGACGUAAACAACUUCGCCGCGCUUUCAUCCUCAUCGACAGUGAACACGGAAUCAAAAAGAAUGAUGCAGAGAUCCUCCAGCUUUUCCGGCACUAUGCUAUCCCCCACCAAAUAAUCCUUUCUAAAGUCGAUAAAGUUCUCGCCAAAACGAAGAAACAAGUCAAAUCAGGCGCCUCAACUGUGAGCGUACAGCGACUUCAGAAGAUGCUGCAGGAUCUGCGAGAAAAAGUCCAACCCGACGUGCGCAUCGCAGAAGGGCCAGGCGCUUUAGGUGAGCUCGUCACCUGCAGUGCGGAUAUUUCUAUUGGGGGUGGCCAGUUUCUAGGUGUCAAUGCCGUGCGCUGGGCCAUUCUGUCCGCAGCGGGUAUUGAUGGGAGCUUACAAGGCGGACAGCCGGCUCUUAAACAAUCCCCCGUGGCGCUAUCUACUGAGACGCCUUAA